CGUGCCCGUAUAUAUUCGGAACUUCGAAAUUAUUUUACGAAAAUAUGUGAAGUUUCCAAACAUAAAUUUGUGCAGAACUACCGUGCUAGACUUACAGUACAGUGUUUAGUUAACAUAGAACAUUACGAUUAAGUAGUUUUAAGUCAUUGAAACUUAAUAGGCUUACUUGUUUUACCUGCAUACUUCGUCCCACGACUCGCGCGAAGCGGUUGUUACCUUAUCGAAGAAACGAAUAUUUUUCAAAUGGAUGUGCGGUUGUAUUCUGUCUGUGAUAGUGUACGUGUUUUGUGGUGACGAGACUCGGAUAGUGUAGUGUCCGAGAUUUGUGACAAGUUAGAAAAUUUUGUGGUGAUUUAAAUAGAAAAGAAAAACAUGAUUAUGCGCGGGGGAGAGACGGGUUUGCUCGUCGCGCUCGGGGCGCUUGCUUUGGCGUCAGCACAGUUCACAAAAGCACGAGAAUAUACAUACGGGUCACAUCAUGUCACGAGAUUACGGCACUCGCGACACUUGGAUGGGUAUAUGCCUAUGCACCCAGCUUCCUUUGUACCGGCAUACACACCGAAGUUGGCGGUCAAAGACAACCACAAGCCUCUAUUCACGGAGUGCUUGAACUAUAGGCCAUCCGUAAAGGAAGAGCAGCCGGUCGGGACUUACGUAUUUACGGUCCACGCUGAAGACCGCGAUCCGCCUGAGAUGGGUGGUACAGUCACAUACCAGUUCGUCACGACUCAAGGAGAGAAGGAGAGAUUUCAUGUGGAUCCAGUAAGCGGAAGAAUCACGACGGCAGAUGUAUUCGACCACGAUGAACCUGCGAGAGAAAAAGAAGCAUAUAUAACAGUAAGAGCGAGUGACAAUGGCCAGCCACAUUUAGAUGAUGCUUGCACAAUUAAAAUACUAAUAGAAGAUAUUAAUGACAAUCAGCCGGUUUUCGACAAAGUUUCAUAUAUGGAGUCAGUACCUCAAGAUUUACCAAGCGGCCGUGAGGUGAUGAGGAUAUCAGCUACUGACAUUGAUGAUGGAAAUAACUCCAUAGUCCAUUAUAGCUUGGACUCUAACUCACCCGACCAAUCAUACUUUUACAUAGACCCUGAUAAUGGAGUCAUAUUUUUAAAUAAGUCUAUUGAUAAAGUGCCCGGCUACAAAUUUAAGCUAAGCGCGAUAGUAAAAGAUAUGGGCGAUCAACCCCAACAGAGUUCAAUAACUUUAGAUAUCCAAGUCGUGGAAUCUAACAAGAAAAGCCCGUCUUUCAUAGAAGUUCCCGAUGCACCGAUUAGAUUAAAAGAAAAUUACGCCGAUUUCAAGACGCCUAUCGCUACAGUUAGAGCUAUAUCCAAUAUACCUGAAGAAGAAAAAUUACAAUUCGAGUUAGUGAUGGGUCAAACAGAACAGACAAAUAAAAGACACACAUUUGUAUUGGAACCUGAAGCUAAUACAGCUUACAUAAAGCUUGGUAAUCAUUUAGAUUAUGAGAAAAUCACUGAUUAUACCCUGACUGUUAGAAUUCAAAAUAAUUACAAAUUAGCAGCAGAAACAAUUAUUCAAAUUGAAGUUGAAGACGUAAACGACAACAUCCCCAUAUUCAGUGAAAUUAGAUCUGGAAGUGUAUUAGAAAACGAGCCACCGGGCACACCAGUAAUGCAAGUUCGAGCAUUUGAUGCUGACGGAACGUCGGCUAACAAUCAAAUUACCUAUCGUUUAGGAGAUCCUUCAGAUCCAUUUGAAAUAGAUCCUAUUACGGGUAACAUUACAACACUAAAAAUGUUCGAUAGAGAAGAAAAAAGUUCCUACAAUAUCAAGAUAAUAGCAACUGAUAAUUCUGAGUCAGCACUUAUCCCUGGGAAACAUAACGCUGGUCAGCAGUCGUUCUUGAUUGAAAUUGCUGAUAAAAAUGAUAAUCCUCCACAUUUUCAAAAAGAUACAUAUGUUGCCGAAUCGAUAGCUGAAAACGCUAAUACGAAUGAACUUGUCACCGUGGUAAAAGCUGUAGAUGUUGAUACAGCUUCCGUAAUCAGCUAUAGCAUUGUUGCUGGCAAUACAUAUGAUGCGUUCGUCAUCCGAAAUUUCACUGGCGAAAUUCGUGUUAACAACGAACUAGAUUACGAAAAUAUUACUAGUUAUAGUCUAGAUGUUCGUGCUUUUGAUGGUCUAUACGAGGACUAUGCUAAAGUAAUAAUUAAUAUUGAGAAUGUGAACGAUAAUCCUCCCGUCUUCCUGUCCAACUAUACUAAAACUAUUGAAGAAGAGAAAUUGUAUGAAGGAUGUAUUGUCAAGGUGGAAGUUUAUGACCCCGAUAUAAAAGACCGGAAUGCACCCCAAAACAUAGUCUACUCUCUAGUAAACGAUGAACAAAAGGAAUUCCUCCAAAUUGACAAUGAUGGUUGUUUGCGGCUGUUGAAGCCAUUAGACCGAGACCAGCCUUCUGGUUUCACGCGGUGGCAGGUUCUGGUGACAGCUACUGACCACGGAGGCAGACCUGACAGCUUGAAAACCACCACAGAAGUUAUAUUGGAGCUAACAGACAUUAAUGAUAAUGCGCCUUUCCUGACAAACACCCAGCCAGUUAUUUGGUAUGAAAACGAGCCUCCAAGCCGACCUAUCGUCACCCUCACCGCUAAAGACUACGACUCUCCGGAGAACGGACCGCCCUUCGAAUUCGCUCUUAACGACUCUGCAUCUAUAGAUAUACGAUCUAAAUUCCAAAUACAAGGAAAUGUCCUCUCAACAUUGGUUACCUUCGAUCGUGAGGAGAAGAAACAAUACGAGAUCCCAGUCGCUAUAACCGACUCGGGCACCCCAAGGUUGACCGGAGUAUCUAUCCUGACAGUGGUUAUCGGUGACAGGAAUGAUAACCCAAUGGCACCUGGACAUAGCAACAUCUUCGUUUACAACUACAAGGGUGAAGCUCCGGACACUGAAAUCGGACGGGUAUACGUGGAUGAUCCGGACGACUGGGAUCUACCAGACAAGCGGUUCAUGUGGCUACCUUCAUACGAACAGAGGAGUCCGUACUUCGAUGUGCAUAGUAAGAACGGGAUGAUCACAAUGAAACAGGGAACGCCUAAUGGAACCUAUCUGCUCAGAUUUAAUGUCACAGAAGAGAAUGAACCUAAGGUGCCUUUCCACUGGGUAGAGGCGACAGUGAAUGUUACCAUAAAAGAGAUUCCGGAGGAAGCAGUAGAUAAGUCGGGCUCCAUUAGACUCAUUAAUAUAACAGAUGAAGAGUUCAUUGUCCCUGAACCUGAUGGAACGAGUAAAAAGGAAAAAUUACACAGACGACUGGCUCAACUAUACAAUACCUCUAUGGACAACGUAGAUAUUUUCACCGUUUGGAAAAAGCAAAUCGUGCAGGACGUAUUCUUAGACGUGCGAUUCUCUGCGCACGGGUCGCCUUACUAUCCAGCGGAGAAACUUGACAGCAUGGUCAUUGGCAUACAAGAAAAGCUGGAAGACGAGCUGCAAGCCAAAAUUUACAUGGUGAAGAUCGACGAAUGUCUCAUAGAGAAAGUGCAAUGUGAAGAAUCGUGUAGAAAUAUCCUUGUCAAAAAUAAUGUACCGCAGUCUGUUUACACAAAUACAACGAGCUUCGUGGGCGUGUCGGCGACAAUCGAAACCGAAUGUACUUGUGAAUGGGUGGAUACACUCGUUUGUUUGAAUGGAGGAACACCAGUGGCUAAUCAGUGCGAGUGUCGGGAAGGCUUAACCGGGCCUCAUUGUGAGGAGACCUCGAUUGGGUUCCAUGGUGCUGGGUGGGCUAUGUACCCUUCCCCACCUGCAUGCCACGAGGGACGCGUGACACUUACUGUGACUGCACACUCCGUAAACAGUCUGAUCUUCUACCUGGGACCUCUUAAAUAUAACCCACUUUUGGAAAUACAAGACUUCAUGUCGCUGGAACUGGUGGAAGGAUAUCCAGUACUUCUCGUUAACUAUGGUUCUGGUACCACCCGUCUCAACAACAGUGUGGUACGCGUCGCUGACGGUAAACCCCAUCUCAUCGAGAUUGUCCUCAUGAGAAGCUCCAUAGAAAUGUUCGUUGAUCGAUGCAAGCUGUCCACGUGCAUGAGCUUGGCUGCUCCAACUGGUCCGAAGCAAAUUUUGAAUGUAAACGGACCUCUACAACUCGGCGGUUCAAGUAUCGAUCUGCAGGAUGUAGCGCGAUCUUUUGCAUGGAAGUAUAUGCCUACGAGUCAACCUUUCAUGGGCUGCAUCAGCAAUUUCACCUACAACGAUAUUGUAUACAAUCUCGGCCAGCCGUCACUCGAGAAGGAAUCUGACCCUAGUUGUCAACGGAGUAUGUAUACGGCGGUCACAUUUGGAAUCGAUACGAACUUCCUCGUCGCCAUAUUAGUUUGCAUUGCAAUAUUAAUUAUACUACUGCUAGCAAUGGUUGUCCACCGGCGAAGGGCUAUCGCGUGGGCGGAGAAGGAACUUGAUGAUAUAAGAGAGAACAUUAUAGCUUACGAAGAUGAAGGAGGCGGUGAAGGUGACGCCGGAUACGACCUUCAUGUCCUCAGACAGAUGUAUGAUGGGCCACCGACUGAUGCAGAUGCAGCCUUCAUAUAUAGCGGAGGCCUAAAGUCCGCCGCGCCAGACAUAUCCGGCUUCCUGGAUGACAAGAAAUCCGUCCUGGAUCGAGAUCCCGAUAUCAACCCGUACGACGACGUACGGCAUUACGCUUACGAGGGAGAUGGCAACACCAGCGGUUCACUGUCAUCGUUGGCCAGUUGUACGGACGACGGAGACCUGAAAUUUAAUUAUUUGUCCACAUUUGGCCCUCGUUUCCGCAAACUGGCGGAUAUGUAUGGCGACGCUGAGGAUGACAGAGCCCCACACGAGGAGUCAUGGUGCUAGCGCCACGCCUGGCUCGUGUAGCCGCGUAAAUGUAACCCCUAUAUGACUCUUGCGUAAGGGCGAUAAUGCCGUGUUGCUUGGUGACCAAGCUGUGAAAUGCCUUAACCCUCAUUUUCGUUGUAUUACUAAGUUCGACGCGUUUGAGUUUAGUAACUCGAUUCGAAUGGAACCCACCGUCUCAGAGGAUUAUGCUUUAAAUUUUUUACUACAAUUGUUCUAAUUUGCAAGUGAUGGUAUAAUGACGAUUGAUUAUAUUGUGUGAUAAUCGGAUAUAAAUACAUCCAUAGUAUAGUCUUGUCAUUUGGACUGUUUAAAUUAAUGUACUGAAAAGUAUCCAACCUUUUUUUUCAAAGAUUUUUUUUUUUUUUUGAGCAGAAAAUGUUAUAAUAUUUUUCUUUUAAUGUUUGAAAUAUUUCUCUUAAAAUAUUCAAAUAAAAAUGGUGAAGCACAUUGUAAAGGAAUAUAUAUA